AUGGUCACCAAGGAUUUCGCGAUGGAUCCGGACGAGAACGUGUUAAAGAAGGCGGCGGAGCUGAUGGUCUCCUCGCUCGCGAGCUCCCUGGCGCUGGUCACGUGCCGAGAGCCCCUGCGGGUGUCGCUGACGAACCACUUGUGGACGCUCCUGCAGAACUGCAGCGCCGUGUCCAAGGACAUGACUGAGUUCGCCCUGGACCAGGUGGUGCACGUUCUGUCCACCGAGAACUUGGAGUUGGGCUGCAACCUGAUCGAGCAGGCGGUGGUGGACAAGGCACGCAAGGAUAUCGACGAGGAGACCGGGCGCCUCUCAUUAUCCCUGGUACCCGAGCUGUGCGCAUACGAGCUUCGUGCGAGUUUAGUUGUUUGUGACCACAGCAAGUACAGGUCCAGAGACCUCGUCGCAGAGAUCAUGGCGUCCUCCCCCAUGGUGGUCAUGGUGCUGGCGCUCUUCAUGCCUGCGGCGGUGGCGCGCAGGAGCCAGAUGGGCUCAGCCUCCCUGAAGCGCGAGGACGAGGAGUGGUGGUGGACACCCUUCCAGGAUGACCUAAGCCCAGUCAAGGAUGCCGCGCUCACACCCCAACGUUUCACUGGGUGCGAGCAUAUUGGGGUCGUGGUUGAGGGGGACGCGAACCGCCCAGACAUGCGGGAGGAGGCCCUCCUGUGGGUGGAUUUCCUCAUGGAUCAGGGCUACUGUGUGGCGUACUUCUUCGACUGGGCCCGGCACGCAUCCCACGCCUGGUCGAACAAAGAUGUCACCAUGAAUUUCGGCCUUGGCUGGAAGGAUGCUCUCAAGGAGGUAGAGCAGUCUAACGACGGGCAGGUGGUGCAGAUCAUGAACUCCACCAAGGAGAACUGGAAGAUUUUUACGAGCAGUUUUGAAACGAUCUGCAAGACGGAGGGCUGUGCCCUGAAGCGGGUCGUUUUCGCUUUCGAAGAUCAUGGGGAGUACCGGCUGCUUGGUCUGCCGGAGCACAAGAAGCUCAUGCGGGAGGAUUUGCUCGGUGGCCUUCGGUCUCUCUAUCGCGCAGGCCCUGACGUGAAGCUCCUCGCUUACGUGAGCGCCUGCAAGUCCGGCUCCAUGUUCGGUGGCCCGCAGUACUCCGCAAAGGAGCUCCUGCAGGCGCACUACAUCGACUGCGAGCUGCGAGACGACGGCUGCGUGGCGGGCGCGCUCUCGGCGGGAGGGCAGACGGUGGUCAUCGCAGGGCACUCCGUGGUGGGCGUGCGGCAGCGGGCGCUCCUGAGGGCCACGGAGGGCCUGAUGGAGGCACAGGCCAUGUGCGACCUGGCGACCGGAGACGGACCAAACUCGGGCAUCUUCAGCCAGCUGCCGCCCGAGAAGCUCCACCAGCUCGCUGGGGCGCUGCGGAACGCGUCGGCGGCCGCGAGCCCCGAGGAGGCAGCGGAGGCGAGGCAGCUCCUCGCUUCCCUUGAGGGCUUCCUCGGGAAGUGGCCUCGGGCGGACAAGGCUGAUUCGAGCUGGCAGCUAAAGGUCGACGAGGCGAUCAGGAAGCUUGAGGUGCUCACCCACACGUUCGAAAUCUGGAAGGAGCUUGUCGUCGCCCUGAAGAAGUACCGAGGAGUCACCACGCCCGAAGCACUCCAGGAGAUCAUAAUCCAUCUAAGCGCGCUGCCGCGUACAUACGCCACCGCGCUCGGGGAUGUGGCCAGCUUCUUCAGCGUAGCUGCAUGCCUGUGUCGUGGCGCAGCCGCGCCACUAUUGUUGAACCCGAACAGGGUCUCAAGGCUAGCCAGACGAGCUGGCUCGACUCACAGCCUGGCGGCCAGCCACGUGGGCCGCCGCAUAGGGGGCAUCAACCGCGUGGAGGACAACAUCCGCGCCUACAACAUCAACUACGAGGCGCUGAUCUACAACAGCCACGGAGUACUCAGGAACACCCGGGGCGGCCUGGCGCGCGACGCUGCCAUCUGGAAGCAGAAGCUCGAGAACACGGAAAACCAUCCCUGCGUCACCAGGCCAGCCGACCCCGAAGACGGCGCGAAGGAGUUGACUUCCGACAAGAUGCCCCAAUUCAAUCCACACAAGCACCGACCGCAGCCGUCGCGGCGGCGCGAGACCCAGGCAGACAUCAAAUUCUGGGAGCACCCUGUCGCGGAACAUGCCCAACCUCACCGACGAGGAUGGAUUGGAUUCAAGCUGCAGAAGAACUAUCAAAUGCGCGGUGGACUGCGCCGCCCAGAACACGGCGCCAGGAUUGUGGACAAGGAGGGCCACCUGCCGGCAGUCGCUGGCAUGAGGGCCACCAACUUUGCGCGAGCCAAUCGAGACUACCGCCUGUGGCAGUGCACCAAGCAACCCCUUUGCCAAAGGGCGGGGUACUUCCCGGCGAUCACUGAGUCCGCCCGUAGAAGUACUGGCAAAGGCACCAGUGCUGCGAAGUCACCUACCGCUCAGUCCCUGCCGCCACGCGAUGGCUGCGACGAUGGAUACUUCACGUCCGAAGUGGACACCGGCGCGAAGAGGGCGUCCGGGUGCGUGGAGGUGCUCGUCAAAGUUGACGCGCUGAAGUACGACGGCGACGAGAACGAAGAGCGCAUAUAUUUCAAAGUGAAUGACGCCGCUGCGCCGGUGAAACACUGGAUCAGCGACCUGUCGUCGCCUCGCCCGAACUCCGCGGCCCCCCCCUACCAGCGGUGCAUCUACGUGACAGUGGCGGACUACCCGCGCCGCGUGAGUGCGAAGUUCUACGACGAGCCCAGUGUCAAUAUCCUCAUCGCAACAGCGCCUCCGUCCGGGGCGCUGAACGCCGCCCUGGUCAAGGACAACUUGCAGGCCGAGCUCUUCGAUUAUGAGUGCGACUAUUCGGCUGGGUACCUGGGCCUGACCUUCGCCGCGAAGUACUACGACGGGGCAUCCGCGCACUUCGAGAGCGAGGGUGACAACCGGGACGAGGAACACGAGGACGAGAAGGGCAUCGAGGACAACGAAAGCGCCACUGACCAGAACAAGCGCUACAAGUAG